AAAAAACCCCCAGCCAUACCUCCCGAGAUAUUUCGAGUGCUUAAUAUACCCCAAAAUGAUUAUAGUAUACCUACAAAUGAUUCCACCAAUAGAUAUGUUCCAUACAGAAAUGCUCAAUAUAAAGGAAAAACAUAUAUUUAUAUGGAAGGAAACGAACCGGACGAUUAUAUUGGUAAUAUAUCUUCUUCGGAUAUCACUUCUUCGUCAGAACGUGAAUAUGAAGAAAUGGAUAUAAAUGAUAUAUAUAAACCACUUGGUCCUAAAUAUAAAACAUUGAUUGAAGUGGUACUAAAACCUAGUACAAAUAAUAACGUACAAGAUACUUAUACAGAUGAUGUGAAAAAUAAUAGUGAUAUACCCAUCAAUAAAUUGACUGAUGAAGAAUGGAAUGAAUUAAAAAAGGAUUUUAUUUCACAAUAUUUAAAUAAUAUAGGACCUGAUGUACAAUUAAAUAAUGAGUUACAAUCAGAUAAUAUUCCCAAGCAUAUCCAGCCUGAUAUUAUACAUAAUAAUAUGGAAGAAAAACCUUUUAUUACAUCCAUUCAAGAUAGAAAAUUAUAUAGUGAUGAUGGCGAUAUUGUUAGUUAUAAUAUAGAUUGGAAUGUUCCAAAAAAUAUUAGCUCUAAUACUACAGAUGAUCCAAAAUAUGUUUCAUCAAAUGAUCAAUAUACUGGAAUUGAUUUAAUUAAUGAUUCUUUAAAUAAUUAUGAACAUAUUGAUAUAUAUGAUGAGUUGUUCAAAAGAAAAGAAAAUGAAUUAUUUGGAACAAAACAUCGAAAAAAUACAUCAACAAAUAGUGUUGCUAAACAAAUUGGUAGUGAUCCUAUAAAUAAUCAAAUAGAUUUGUUUCAUAAAUGUCUAGAUAGACAUAGAGAUAUGUGCGAAAAAUGGAAUAAUAAGGAAGAAAUUUUGAACAAAUUGAAUGAAGAAUGGAAUAAAUCAAAUAACGAACAUGUAUUAUAUAUACCUUUGAACGACAACGCUGAUGAUAUUAAUACAAUUAAUAAUGAAAAUUAUAAUAUGAUUAAUGCAAACAAACAUGAACGUAAUCACAAAACAUCUCUUGAACAUCUUGGAUCUACAAAUAUUCCUCCUAAUGAUCUUACAACGCAAAAUAAUGGUUCUCAAGAAAAGAAUUUACGCACAAAUGUAUCUAUAAAUAUACAUUUUGAUGAAAAUAAUAAUAAUAAUAAUGUGUUAACCAAUAAUGUAACGCAUGAAGAGGAUCAUUUGGAAAAUAUGUACAAUUUUUGA